UUUAUGCAAAUAUUCAGCAAUGAAGACUCCAUUCAGUCUGGUCUUCGGCAUAGUUUGUAUUUUGCAAAGGGCAGAUUCUCAAGCUUGUGAUGAGGAUGCUAAAUAUAGAACGUUUGAUGGAUCUUGUAACAACCUUGAACAUCCAGGAUUCGGGAAAGCUAAUACUUUGUUUGAGAGAUUCGUAAAUGAAGAUGGAAACUAUAUAUUUGAUUAUGCAGAUGGUAAAGGAUUACCCAGAGUUGCACAAAAUGGUGACGAAUUACCAAACGCCCGUUUAAUAUCCAAAGCAAUAAUGGACGAAGAUUUAGGACCACCUAUACAAAGUGAUAGAACCAGGUCUGCCCAAGUCGUCUCACACGCUCAACUACUAGCUCACGAUGUCUUUCAAACUGAGAUACCAUCAUUUGCUGAGAAUAACUGCUGUGAAAACCCAAACAGAAAUAAUCCGGAUAUUUGCUUUCCACUUGAAAUCCCCGAGAAUGAUAAGGAUUUGCCACCAGGAUGUAUUAACUUUGUAAGAGCAAAAGGACAAAUAGACGAAAACGGAGUUAGACAACAAGUUAACCUCGCAACAGCCUUCGUUGAUGCCAGUGUUGUUUAUGGCAGUACUCCAGAAUUGAUUGAGAUUUUGCGAGUGCCUGAUAGCUAUUUGUUGAAAACCGAUGACAAUCUCUUACCCUCACCCGCUGGAGUUAACUCAUGCUUUAAACCAGUAACACCAAGUAGAUGUCCAGUCGCAGGCGACAAUCGAGUAUCAGAUGUACCGAUGCUUAGUGUUCAGCAUUUAGUUUGGCAUAGGGAACAUAACCGUAUUGCUUCAGAACUGCGCACACUGAACCCGCAUUGGAACGAUGAAACUGUUUUCCAGGAAGCUCGGAAGAUCGUUAUAGCUAUGUUUCAGCAUAUCACAUACAAUGACUUUUUACCUCUUAUUAUUGGUAAAUCUACAAUGAAGAAAUUUGAAUUAUUUUCGGAGGAUGUGGACGGCGAUGUGUUUGAUGACCAAUAUGAGGAUGAUGUUAAUCCACAAAUUCUAGAUUCGGUCAACGUUGCUGCACAUCGUUUUGGUCAUUCCCAACUAACAAACGAGCAGAACUUUGCUGACGAAAACUGUAAAACAGUGACAGUCAAUAAAUUGGAGGAUAUCUUUGAAAGUCCUCGACUUACUCAGGAGAAUGGUGGAGUCAAUGUUCCUUUUAUUGGAAGACAUUUAGCAUGUUCGGCCAGUAACAUGAUUGAUAACUUUAUAGUCGAUGGGAUGCGCAACACACUAUUCCGUUUACCUGAAGCACCAGGAUCUGAUAUUGUCGCCAGAAACAUACAGAGAGGGCGGGAACAUGGAGUGUCUGGAUACAACACAUGGCGGGAACUAUGUGACCUUAAACCUAUGAAAUCAUUCAGGAAUUUUGGAAAGUUUGGAAAGGCACUUGAAGAAUUAUAUGAGUAA